AUGACUGAAUCUGCAUUUGUUAUUCUUGUGGAAGUUCUGUUGGUAAUUAUUCUGGUCAUCGUCGUGCUGGGUAAUCUUUUUGUCAUUGAGGCUGUAUGUCGGCAUAUUCGUCUCAGAACUAUACCGAACAUUUGUAUCACGUCACUGGCUAUUGCCGACCUAUUUGUUGGCCUACUCAAUAUUCCUAUGUAUAUGUACGCCGUAUACGACGACGCCUUUGAACAGAAGUAUCUGGAGAAACUUAAUUUGGUGCUUAAUUCGUUAGACAUGUAUUUUGGCGUUGCUUCCAUUCUACAUCUUGCACUCAUUAGCAUGGAACGUUGUUAUGCGAUCACAUGUCCACUAAGACGCAGAAGUCUACAAAAAG